AUGAAUGCAGACAUUGGGUGGAGUUUUGUACAGCUGGAAGAGGCACAGUGUCUGGAGAAGGGAGCUCGGUCCCGGUGUUACGAGUCCUCGCCGGGAGAGGCGCGAGAUGGAGAAGGCGUGCGGGGGUUGUCCCCAUCUCAUGCUCCCGGUGUCCGGAGUGUCUGCACUCGGUGUCUCUGGUCUGUGGAAAACCUCCGGCUGUGGACUUCGCGGGAAGAGUCACCCCCUCGAGAUCGGGAGGACUGCAGUGGAGAGCAGAGCCACUGGGACGCCUCACACUGUGACCCCCGGGAUCGCGUGCUGUCCGCGGUGGCUCAGUGGGAGACCGAGCCCGGAGAGCUUCAGGUUUCCUCUUCUUGCUCUCCUUCCAGAGAGGGACCCUUUCGGAUCGGGGAGCUUAUUUUAGGUCAGACGGGGGAAAGACACGCGCGAUUUAAGAAAUGAUUUCGGCUGUGCAACGUCGGACACUUUGACACAUUCAGCGAGAUCGUGGGCAAGUUCCCCGGACAGAUCCCGACGAGUUCCUCUGGUAAGAGUUUUCUGCUGCAGAGACCAGCUUUGGGGGAAUAUGUAUUAUUGAUGAAAAGAGGGCUUACCGUAAUGUAUCCAGAGGUGAUAAAGGAUGUACUGAUGAUGGACAUCAGCCCAGGGGACACUGUUUUGGAAGCAGACUCAGGCUGUGGUGCAGUGAGCUUAUUUUUAUCCAAAGCAGGUAAGAUUGGCGUUAAAAUGAUCAUUUUUGUAACUGGAAAUGUAGUUAACUUAGACUACACAGUUAUUGUUUUGAUAGAAAUAAACAUUUUUCACUUUUCCGAAAGCAUCACACAGGUUAUUGAACUUUUGGAUGGGAUUCGCACCUGUGAACUUGCUCUCUCAUGUGAACAGAAAAGUGAGGUCAGAGAUUGGCUGCUUUGCCUUACAAAACGGAGAAGUGGCAUUCUGCUUUCCAAAAGUCAGACUAAAAUCAACACAAAUUUACAAUUACAUUCUCUCAAGGAAAUUGGAGUUGGAAACAAAGUAUUUCAAGAGGAGAACCAUGUUGAGCUUCAGUUUUAUUUUAUGCUUGUUUCUGAUAGUAAGUAUUGUAGAUUCUUAAGUAUAUUGACCAACACAUUCACACACUAAUACACUCACAUAACUAUCAGAUACUCUUCAGAGAUUUUUUUGGUACAGAAACUGAAAUGUAGUGUUUUUCUAUUCUGUUAAAUUAAUUGCAAAAUAUAAGUCCUAAAGUGUUGCUGGAGUUCUUCCAAGAAGCAAGUUUAGGUCCUUGUAUGUGUAUAUUAUUUAGGCCAUGAAAAGGGUUUCAGAUAUAUUGAUUUAUGAACAGGCUUAUCCAUUUGGUUAUAAGCUUGUCUGUAAGGUUACUAUGUGAGCACUGGCAAAUGUUUCUGUAUAUUGACUAGCAACAUGGCUCCAAAACAAUGCAAAAAAAAAAAAAAUAAAGAAGAAGAAGAAGAAGAAGAAGAA